CUCAGACACAAGCAACACUCAGACGUGGCUGGGCAGGAGGUUUACGCUCUCUCCCAUAUCCUCAAGUUCUUCAAUUUACUGGAUGAUCUUCAACUGAUUGCCCUUGAGAUGAGGUUGGAGUGGACUAUGCCGCUGCUGGUCUUGUCGGUUCUGGUACUAAGUUUGUCCCAGGGCCGCAUGAUCUCCAGAUGUGAACUGAAGGGAAGACUUGAAGAGGCCAUCCAGCUGCCUGAAGGCAUUGAAAAGUUCAGAGAGUUCAUCAUGUCAGUAGUAAUAUGUGAAAUAGAGAAGAUAUCAAGUCUGAACUCCAACAUGGUCAGGACUACCUCUAUUAUGCCGGUCAUCCUUGAACAGACAACCAAAGCCACAAGACCCCCUGCACCUUUACCAACAACCAACACCACAAGACCCCCUGGACUUCCAGCAACAACCAACACCACAAGACCCGCUGAACCUCUUGCAACAACCAACACCACAACACCACUUGAAGCUCCAACAACAACCAACACCACAAGAUCCCCUGAGGCUCCAACAACAACCAACACCACAAGACCCCCCGAACCUCUUGCAACAACCAACACCACAAGAUUCCCUGAGGCUCCAACAACAACCAACACCACAAGACUCCCUGAAACUCUUGCAACAACUAACACCACAAGACCCCCUGAACCUCUUGCAACAACCAACACCACAACACCACUUGAAGCUCCAACAACAACCAACACCACAAGAUCCCCUGAGGCUCCAACAACAACCAACACCACAAGACCCCCCGAACCUCUUGCAACAACCAACACCACAAGAUUCCCUGAGGCUCCAACAACAACCAACACCACAAGACCCCCCAAACCUCUUGCAACAACCAACACCACAAGAUUCCCUGAGGCUCCAACAACAACCAACACCACAAGACUCCCUGAAACUCUUGCAACAACUAACACCACAAGACCCCCUGAACCUCUUGCAACAACCAACACCACAAGACUCCCUGAGGCUCCAACAACAACCAACACUACAAUAUCCCCUGAGGCUCCGUCAACAACCAAUACCACAAGACCCCCAGAAGCUCCAACAAACAACUCCACAAGACCCCCUGAAACUAGUGCAACAAACAUCAGCACAAUAUCCCCUGAGCCUCCAACAACAACCAACACCACAAGACCCACUGAACCGACAACCACCAACACCACAAGACCACCUGAAUCUGCAACAACCACCAACUCCACAAGACCCCCUGAGCCUCCAACAACAACCAACACCACAAGACCCACUGAACCAACAACCACCAGCACCACAAGACCCAUUGAACCGGCAACCACCAGCACCAUAAGACCACCUGAAUCUGCAACAUCAACCAAUUCCACAAGACCCCCUGAAGCUCCAACAACCAACUCCACAAGACCCCCUGAAACUAGCGCAACAAACAUCAACACAGGAUCCACUGAGUCUCCAACAACAACCAACACCACAAGACCCACUGAACCAACAACCACCAACACCACAAGACCCAUUGAACAAGCAACCACCAGCACCACAAGACCCAUUGAACCGGCAACCACCAGCACCACAAGACCACCUGAAUCUGCAACAACCACCAAUCCCACAAGACCCCCUGAGGCUCCAACAACAACCAACACCACAAGACCCCCUGAAACUAGUGCAACAACCAUCACCACAAGAUCCACUGAGCCUCCAACAACAACCAACACCACAAGACCCACUGAACCAACAACCACCAACACCACAAGACCCAUUGAAGAAGCAACCACCAGCACCACAAGACCCACUGAACUGACAACCACCAACAUCACAAGACCCCCUGAGCCUCUCAUAACCAUUGCCACAAGACCAACUGAACCAACAAACACCCCCACGGCAGUCAGUCCUGAGUCCUUAAACAUCUCUAUACAAUUUCCCGAUGUCAACGUGGUCCAGAUAGCGCAGCAGGCUGAGAUGGAGGCGCUGAGGAAGCAUGUGGAUGGCUUGUGGAGGACGGAAGAGGCGGCGAGAGAAGGCAGUCGGCGGCGGCGGCGGCGGCAGGCCACAGUGGAAAACCCGCCGUCUUUCCGCACUUAUUACGGAAUUUUCCAGCUGUCAGACUCAGAUUUCUGUUUUUCAACUAAUCCUUGGACGGACAACUUCUGCAUUACAUCCUGCACUGCGUUCAAAGAUGAUGACAUCACGGAUGAUAUACAAUGCCUUGUGAACAGUCAGCACUGGAUGAGUAUAUUCCGGACGGCCAGCACGGAGUGUUACCGGACCACCAACUUCUUCAAAUAUUGCAAAUGAACGUAACACAGCACCAAAUGGCAGAUUUUUAAAUUGUUAUGAUUUAAAAGAAUUACUGAGGUUUACUGUAUUUGUUUUCUUGUUCGUUUGAAUUUUUCCCCCCCCCCCAUCUUUCUUCAUUAAAUAUGCACAUCAGAUUCCUACAAAUUAAAUGGUUUUCAUUCUCUUGAUUUGCUGGUGAUGUUGCCAGGAUGGGAAAAGUGUGGCCUGUGUUCCGCAUUGUGGGCCACUGCAUUUUUUAAUCAGGUCCUGGAUACAAAACAAAAAAGAUAUUUAAUGUUCAAACUGAUGAACCUUAUUGGGUUUUUCUUUUUUGCAAAUAUUCUCUUGUUUUGAAUUUGUCUGCGGCACGUGCCAAGAAAGCUGGGAGACACGCAACGACACGCAGAAACACAGCCGGCUUCACUGGACCCAAGCUGAUCUGAGAUGGACUGAUGCAAAGUGGAAAAACGUGCUGUGAUCUGACGAGUCCGCAAUUCAAACUGUUUUGGGAAAUCUCGGACGUUGUGACCACCGGGGCCAAAGGAGAAAAGGACCACGUGUGCAUAUAAUAUGUAUCUAUUCAUUUUAUUAAGUUGAUUGAUUGGUUGGUUGAUUACAAUUGAAGUAAUUGUAAAAAAUGAAAAAGAUUUAUUUUUGUUUCA